AUGGACGAGGGCAACAGCAACAUCACCAAGAUGCUCGAGUCCCUCCUCGCCAAGAUGGAUGAGCAAAAAGCGGCCCACCACAAGCAGUUCGAGGUCCAGGCCGCCUUCAACGCACAGAUCUCGCAGGAUGUGCGCGGCCUCGCCCGGCAGAUCGAUCUGACCCAAGCCGACGUCGACGCAACCCGCAAGACGGUGGAGGGCUCUGCUUCACCAUCGGGCUCGGUCACGACCGUGCUUCACCAGCCCGCCGCCCCGCAACAACCCCCACCACCGCCCCCGCCGCCUCCACACUCACUGCGCGUGGCCACAGAUCCAGGCCGCCCUGCGUCCGCCCAUGCGCGCCUCGGCAACAAUCGUCCGUCGUUGAUUCCGGUAGCUCCUCAUGGCGGAUUCGUCACGUCAGGGGCCAUUCCCUCUCCGACGACGGGCUACAACGGCAACGACUACCACAAGCCGCCGAAGCACGAUUUCCCUCGGUUCGACGGCUUCGCGCCGUACCUGUGGUUGGACCGCUGUCUGGCGUACUUCGAGCUCUACAAGGUCGCGCCUCACAACUGGGUGGCCACCGCAGCUCUGUAUAUCGAAGGCCAGGCCGCGCACUGGCUACAGGCUUUUCGUCAAACACAUCGCGGCAUCACCUGGGAGUCGUUCACCGCCGCCGUGCUCGCGGAGUUCGACACCGACGAGUUCGAGGUGGUCAUGCACAAGCUACUGCAACUUCGUCAAACCACCUCUGUCGCCGAGUACCGCGCAGCGUUCGACGAGCAAAUGUAUCACCUGCCCGCGCUCGACCCGUCCAUCAACACCAAGUUCUUCGUCACCCAGUUCAUUCUGGGCUUGAAGGACGAAUUACACGCGUCGGUUCGGCUCCAAGCGCCCUCGAGCAUCACCAGGGCAUCUGUGCUGGCGCGCAUUCAGGAGGAGGAGCUGGGUACUACGCGUGCGCGCCCACGCAUCACGCCAGCGAGCCAGCCUCCACCGACGCCGACUCCACCACAGCCGUGUGUGGCCGUGCCCAACCGUGCUCCAACGGACGACUACGCGCGCGAACGACAACUUCGCGACUACCGUCGCGCCAACAACUUAUGCUUCAAGUGCGGCGACCGCUUCUCACGAGAGCACCGGUGCGCGCAACCGGCCCAGCUGCUCACCAUCCACGUCGGCGAUCAUGGGGAGGUGCUCUCCGACGACACCAUCCACGCACUGCAACUGCUCGACGACCCAGGGCCAGCAGCGCAGCCGCCCCCUCCUCCUGGUGACGCGCCCGAGUGCUGCCUCCUCUCGUCGCACGCUCUGGACGGCACGGACUCGGCGACCACGAUCCGCCUGCGAGCACUGGUGGGCAACCAAGUCAUGUUGCUGCUACUCGAUUCGGGUAGCUCGCACAGCUUCGUCAACAAGUCCUUCGUCGAUCGCCUCGGGCUGGCGACAGAAGAGAUGCCGCGCGUGGACGUGCGCGUCGCUAACGAUGACCGUCUCACCUGCAACCGCAUUGUUCCCGAGCUCAAGUGGUGGAUGAAGGGGCACACGUUCGCCACUCCGAUGCGCGAGCUGGACAUUGGCGCCUACGAUGGCAUCCUCGGCAUGGACUGGCUCACCCAGCACAGCCCCAUGACGUGCCACUGGCAGGACAAGUGGGUCAAGUUCACCCACGACGGCGAAGAGGUCACGCUCUGGGGCGUGCCCAUGAAGGCGUCCACCACCCUCAAGGCGAUCAAACCCGACGAGCUGCGCAAGAUGAUCGCGGGCAAUGACGUAUGGGCUAUGGCCAUGGUGGACACAUGCGGGCGCGCACCGCCACCGCGGCGUAAGUGCGUCAGUCAGACGCCGCUCGCUGAUCUUUCGGAGGAGUUCGCCGACGUGUUCGCGGCACCGCAAGGGCUUCCCCCACACCGUCAGUACGACCACGUCGUCACUCUGGUUGAGGGCGCGGUCCCCGUGAACACGCGCCCGUACCGCUACUCGCCACUCCAGAAGGACGAGAUCGAGCGCCAGGUCAAGGAAAUGCUCGACGCCGGCCUGAUCACGCACAGUGUGAGCCCGUAUGCCGCGCCGGUGCUGCUGGUCAAGAAGAAGGACGACACCUGGCGGUUCUGCGUCGACUAUCGCCGCCUUAAUGACGCGACCAUCAAAAACAAGUUCCCUCUGCCCAUCAUCGACCAGUUACUCGAUGAGCUCCUUGGUGCCGCGGUCUUCUCCAAGCUCGACUUGUGCGCCGGCUACCAUCAGAUCAGGAUGCGCGAGGAGGACGAGCACAAGACGGCGUUCAAGACACACCACAGACAUUUCCAGUUCAGGGUCAUGCCAUUUGGCCUCACGAACGCGCCAGCCACGUUCCAGUGCCUGAUGAACGCCAUAUUUGGUAAGUACGUGCGCAAGUUUGUGAUCAUUUUUCUGGAUGACAUUCUCGUCUUCAGCGAAACCAUGGAGGAGCACCUGCGCAUCGUCUUCGAGCUCCUUCGCGCACACCGGCUCUACAUCAAGGAGUCCAAGUGCACGUUCGCCGCUGAUCACAUCGACUACCUCGGCCACGUGAUCUCCAAGGAGGGUGUGGCCACGGACAAGGAGAAAACGAGCGCGAUGGAGCAAUGGCCGACGCCGACGAACGCCACCGAGCUGAGCGGGUUUCUGGGCCUCACCGGCUACUACAGAAAAUUCGUGCCACACUACGGCAUCAUCGCCAAGCCGCUGACACAACUGCUCACCAAGAAAGGCUUCGCCUGGACGGAGCAAGCUCAAGCGGCCUUCGAGCAGCUCAAGACGGCGAUGGUCACCACGCCCGUGCUCGCGCUCCCCGAUUUCGACAAGCCGUUCUCGAUCGAGACGGACGCGUGCAACACAGGGGUGGGCGCGGUGCUCGUCCAGGAAGGCCACCCGGUCGCCUACUUCAGCAAGGCCCUGGGGUGCGCAACCAGCAACUGUCGGCGUACGAGAAGGAGUUUCUGGCGGCGAUGA